AUGGCUCUCAACCUACUUGCUUCACUCCCUAUCUGCAAUUUCCCAAGAGCAGCUCUCCCAUCUAGAGGUCCCAUCCAUCUCAAAUCACUUGUAACAAGCAGAAGUGACUUUGUUUCUGGUCCUGUCCAAUGCAAGGUUUCCAGCAAAAUUUCAAGUAGUACUGAUAUUGUUCGGCGAUCAGCUGAUUACCAACCUCCCAUUUGGAACUAUGAUUACAUUCAGUCACUAAGAAGUGAAUACCUGGGAGAAGAGUACACAGGGCAAGUUAACAAGUUGAAGGAACAAGUGAGGAUGAUGCUUCACCAAGUGAUGGAUCCUUUAGAGCAGCUGGAGCUGAUAGAUACCUUGCAAAGACUAGGAUUGUCUUAUCACUUUGAGGGUGAAAUGAAGAGAAUACUGGAAGGUUUAUACAAAAAUGAUCAUGGUGGUGAUUUGUGGAAGAAGGAGAAUUUAUAUGCCACAGCUCUUAAAUUUCGUCUGUUUAGACAACAUGGAUAUAGUGUGUCUGAAGAAGUUUUUAAUAGUUUCAUGGAGAGAGGAAGUUUCAAGGCAUGUCUUUGUGAUGAUACCAAGGGAAUGCUAGCCUUGUAUGAAGCUUCAUUCCUUUCGAUAGAAGGUGAAAAUAUCUUGGACGAAGCGAGAGAUUUCUCAAAAAAACAUCUCCAAGAAUUUGUAAAGCAGAAUAAAGAUCAAAAUAUUUCUACUGUAGCAGUGAGCCAUGCCUUGGAGCUUCCACUACAUUGGAGGAUACUAAGGGUGGAAGCGAGAUGGUUCAUUGAUGUAUAUAGGAGCAAAGAAGAUAUGAACCCCACCUUGCUUAAGUUUGCAGAACUAGAUUUCAACAUGGUGCAAGCAACCCACCAAGAAGAUCUCAAACAAGUGUCAUGGUGGUGGAGGAGCACUGGCAUUGCAGAAAAGUUGAGCUUUGCGAGGGAUAGGUUGACAGAGAGUUUCUUCUGGACAGUGGGGUGUACAUUUCAUCCUCACUUUGGAUAUUGUAGGAGAAUCUCAACAAAGGUCAAUGUACUCAUUACAGUAUUAGAUGAUAUUUAUGAUGUGUAUGGAACUGUAGAUGAACUUGAGCUCUUCACGGACGUUGUUGAGAGGUGGGAUAUCAAUGCAAUGGAUGGGCUCCCAAAUUAUAUGAAGAUAUGUUUCCUAGCUCUACACAAUUCAGUCAAUGAAAUGGGUUUUGAUAUACUAAAGGAACAAGAAUUCCACAUCAUUCGAUAUUUUAAAAAAACGUGGGCAGAUUUAUGUAAAGCUUAUUUGUUGGAGGCAAAGUGGUACUACAGCGGGUAUACACCAAGACUUCAAGAAUACCUUGAGAAUGCAUGUUUUUCAAUUGCAGCACCAACUAUACUAUUGCAUGCUUAUUGUUCCUACACAAAUACCAUAACAAAGGAAGCCCUAGAUUGCUUGGAAGAGUACCCCAACAUAGUUCGUUUGUCAUCAAUGAUUUUGCGAUUAGCAGAUGAUCUUGGAACAUCUACAGAUGAAUUAAAAAGAGGUGAUGUUCCUUCAUCAAUCCAAUGUUACAUGAACGAAACUGGUGCUAGCGAAGAAGAUGCUCGUGAAUACAUUAGGUGUUUGAUUAGUGCAACAUGGAAGAAGAUGAAUGAAGAACGAUCUGUGACUUCUCCCUUCUCUGAAACAUUUAUUGAAAUUGCAUUCAACCUUGGAAGGAUGGCCCAAUGCAUAUACCAGUAUGGAGAUGGGCACGGUGUUGGAAACCAUGAAACUAAGGAUCGUUUAUUAUCAUUAUUUGUUCAGCCCUUUCCACCAUAUAAAGAUUAAAAUGAUGAGUUAUUGAUAUAUAAGGAUGACGAUUUGAAGUUUUAACUCAUCAUUGUAUUACAUAUUACCUUUGAGAUUUGUGAGUUAGUUUGUGUCUAUGAGAGUUUUGUGAUUGUUUGUGAGGUUUUGAUUGAGCGCAAUUGUAAUCCAUAUCAUUGAUUGUGAA